GGUCAAACCCCACGUUGUAUACACGAGAGACAUAAAAAACCCAUUAGCGGGUAUGAUGCAAAACAUGGGAAAAGUAAUGGUUUCGGGCGAGAAAAAAUGGAGCACCGAGCAACUCUAAGAGCAACAGAGGGUCGUUAUCCCUCACACCCACGACCGAACUAUACUAUCAAGGCAGCAGGGGAUCGCUAUGGCUUUUACACACGAUGGGAGAGGGAGUGGCAAGUUACCUAUAAAAGCACCCGUUUGAUACUCUCUUCUUUCAUUUCAUCUGAAAGCCUCGAUGCUGAAAUAACCGAGGUAGAUGACGAAAGUUGCGAGACUCUACAGUCAGAAGUACACAUUACUAAAGACGAAUACGACGAGAUAGGACGUUUGAGAAGAACGUGUAGCAGUGAUAUAUCGGUCACUAAAUGUGAAGGAUUUUGUAAUUCCCAAGUACAGCCGAGCGUUGUUACUACCACAGGCUUCUCCAAGGAGUGCUACUGUUGCCGUGAGAGUUAUCUCAAGGAAAGAUUCGUCGUCUUAAAUCAAUGCUACGACGCGGAUGGAAUCAAAUUAAUAGGCACGGAUGACGAGACGAUGGAGAUCAAGAUACGAGAGCCGGCUGAAUGUAAAUGCCUCAAGUGCGCGAUCGUCGGGGUGGACGAGUGUCAGGCGACGCGUGUCAUACACUUCCUUCAGUAUCCAGGCUGUGUUCCAAAGCCGAUUCCCAGUUACGCGUGUAGAGGAAGAUGCAGCAGUUACCUGCAGGUGUCCGGGUCCAAGAUGUGGCAAAUGGAGAGGAGCUGCAUGUGCUGUCAGGAAAGCGGCGAGAGAGAGGCAAGCGUCUCCCUGUUCUGUCCGCGGGCGAAAGCAGGGGAGACGAAAUUCAGGAAGGUAAUCACCAAGGCGCCGCUGGAAUGUAUGUGCAGACCGUGCACCAGCGUGGAAGAGUACGCGAUAAUACCCCAGGAGAUAGCGGGGUUCGCCGACGAGGGUCCUUUCACCACGUCCGCGCACUUUAGACGAUCCUCCGGUCUACGAUAGAGCCAGGCAAGGCCCAUGGAUCUCGACAAAUUGCAUUUCAUGUGCUGUUUACUAUGAAAACUAUAAUAAGGACUCGCGAAAUUUUCGACUUGGCAACGAAUAUUCCCAAUUUGCCAUCUAUCCUUGGUAUAGUUCCCUUCCUUUUGUUUGCAACUACUUGUGAAAUAAAAUUUGCCUAAAGAAAGUGAAUCUGCAAUAAGCUUGGAGAAGAAUCGUUGCGAAAGAAAAGACAAACGAGAAACGAUAAGAUAACAAGGUUCGGGGAAGGGAUACGCAAUGGGAAACGCAACAAGUAACGAACACUCGUAAUUCGUACGUAUCCGAGACAAUGAGAAGAAAUUACGAAACAUUGCAGACUCUGUUAAUAUACUUAAAUAAUAAUAUAUAUAUUUACAUACAAUAUAUAGGUAUGCUUCGUGUAAUUUCAAUAAAGUCUGUAAUCGAUUUAUCAGUGUGUGUCUCGUAUUUGAAAAUGGUCGAUCGAAGCUUCUGACAGAUGAUGCGAUUUCUUUUGGGAGACCAAAGCAAAGACUCGAUAUACUUUCGCAAAAGUAUAUCCCAUACGUCUAUUCUCACGAAAACAGUUGGCAAUUUCCCGAGUGUGGAUACCUUUACAGGUACGAUAAAUCGUGUGGUAUCGGCACUUAACGAUAGUUGCCGGAUAAACAUAAUAUUCUUUGAUAGCUGUACACGCACACAUGCACACAGAAAAAUCAGUCUCUCCUAUACGAGCACGUUCGAAACAAAGGCGAGCUCAACGCUGUACCUCAAAUCAGUUUAAUAACAAUUUUAUACAAUACGCUACAGCAUUAGCCACGUGGACACAUACCAAUGUUCUCACGCGCCGCGCUCUGUCCUUUCUCUCUUUCUCUAUCUCAAACGUACACACACGCGCACGCACAGGCAUACACUCUUUUAUCCCUUGCGAUUAUAAAUAGCUAGUGUUAAAAAAUAGUACCUUAUUAUGUAUGUGUGUGUAUACAUAUAUGUAUGUAUAUAUAUGCACACCAUUUGUAAUCUUUCAUUUUCUAACUUCAACGUGUUCUAGAUUACAGAUCCUAUAUAACUCCAC